UGCUUUGUCCCUCUCCAUCCCUUGCUGUUGUCACAUUCCUAAAAACCUACCAAGUUGGCAGCUGGUGCUUCUUUCUGUGUGUCUGGAUGGAUGUCUGUCUCAGUCCGAAGGUGAGGGAUGAACACAAAUUAUCCUCUCAACAGAUGCAACCUCAGUACUACAUGGAUCCAGAACAGCAAGGGCUAGAUUGCGAGGUUCAGGAGUAUAUAAACAUGCAUUACGUAUCCAGCUUUUUCUUCCCUCCUCGCCUGACCACUGCCUCAUAUCCUGGCAUCCAAUUCCCAGCCCCGCAGGCUCUAAAUACCUCGGGGUUCCCCACCGAUUCCCCUGCAAGACUCCAUCCAACUCAGCAAGCAACUUGAAGAUGACGCGCCUCAUCUACACAGGUGGCCUACUGACCACCGUCGCCAGCCUCGCGCUGGCUGCCCCUUCAAUUGACGACUGGACGCAGCGAUCCAUCUACCAAGUCCUCACCGACCGCUUUGCACGCCCCCACAACAGCCCAGAUGCGCCCUGCGAUCCCACCAGAUACUGCGGGGGCACCUGGGCCGGCAUCAUCGACCAACUGGACUACAUCCAGGAUCUCGGGUUCACGGCGAUUUCGAUCUCCCCGGUGGUCGAGAACAUCGCCGAGACCACCUCGGCGGGCGAGGCGUGGCACGGCCACUGGCCGCAGGACCUGUACGCGCUGAACGCCCACUUCGGGACGGCGGAGGAGCUGCGGGCGCUGGCGGACGAGCUGCACCGACGGGAGAUGUACCUGAUGGUGGAGGUCACCCUCAACAACAUGGCGCAAGCGGUGGCGGAGGAGGACGCUUCGACCAUCGACUACUCGCGGCUGCACCCGUUUAACGAGGAAGGGUAUUAUCACCCCUACUGCAACAUGAGCGACACCACCACCACCACCAGCCAGACGUGCUGGCUCGCCGACGGACCCGUGGCGCUCCCGGACCUCAGAACCGAGGACGCGCGCGUGUCGACGACGCUGCAGACGUGGAUCCAAGGACUGGUGAGCAACUACUCGGUGGAUGGGCUGCGGAUCGCGGCGACGGACCACAUGGACCCGGCGUUUCUGAGCGACUUCACGCGCGCGGCGGGGGUGUUCACCCUGGGGGAGGUGGAUUCGGUGGACGCGACGACCAUGUGCCAGUACGAUGAGGCGGUUUCGGGGCUGCUGAACUACGCGGUCUACAAGCCCAUCACGCUGGCGUUUGCGCCGGGGGGGGAUAUGCCGGGGCUGGUGAACAGUCUGCAGACGGUGAUUGAGAAGUGUGAGAAUUACACGCAUCUGGCGACGUUUGCCGAGAACCAUGAUGUGCCGCGAUUUGCAUCGAUUCAGAAUGACACUGCACUCGCCCAGAACGCUUUGGCGUUUACCCUGCUGACCGACGGGAUUCCAUUGGUAUAUCAAUCUCAAGAAACCCACCCAAACACCCCCAACAGCCCCCACUGGCUCCAACCCCCAAACCCCACCCUCGCAACCCUCACCAAAACCCUCAACCACCUGCGCCACCACGCCCUCCUCCAAGACCCGGGCUACCCGACCAACCACAGUGAAACCCUCUACCUGGAUGGCUCGACUUAUAUCACCCGCAAGGGGACGGAGGGAAUGCAGAUUGUUUCUGCGUUUAGCAAUCGGGGGGAUACCACUGCCACUGCCACCACCACCAACAACAACAACUCUAGCGGGGAGUCUAUCAGCAGCAGCAGCAGCAGUAGCAGCAACUACCAAGUCAACGUCACACGCAUGUACCACCCUGGUACGGAGGUGAUGGAGAUGCUGGGCUGCGAGCGACAUGUCUCGGCGACGGGGGGAGUGAUCUCGGUGGAUUUUGUGGCGGGGGCGCCAAAGGUGUUUUAUCCGGUGAAGUAUUUGAAUGGGUCUGGAUUGUGUGGAUUCUAAACAUGGCACUUCAUUCACUUCAUUCACUUCCCUUCACUUCACAGACAGAUGGAUACAGACAGAUAGAUGGAUGGAUGGAUGUGCUGCGGUGUGGAAACACAUAACUAACGACUAGGUAAGGUGUAUCACUCUGAUUGAUGUAUGUAUCAUAUCAAUU